GUUUAACAAAAAAAAUUCGAGAAAGUAUGACAGAAGAAUAUAGUGAUUUGAGUCGAUCAGAAUCUGAGUAUGAUGAUAUCACCGCAGAAGUUACUCCUACGUUUGCAAUUGACUCUCCCAGAUACAAAAGAGUGAGUGGUGCUAAGAGAAGAUCAACUAAAGGAGGAUGGACUUCCGAAGAGGACGAACUUUUGACCAAUGCUGUGCAGAGGUACAAAGGGCACAACAGCUGGAAAAAGAUUGUUGAGAGUGUUCCUGGAUUGAAAGGCAAGAGGAACGAUGUCCAGUGUCAGCACCGCUGGCUAAAGGUUCUUGAUCCAAGCCUCUACAAAGGACCUUGGACUAAAAAGGAAGAUGAACUCUUGAGUAAAUUGGUUAAUGAUCAUAUAAAGAAUGAUAAGCCUCAAUGGUCCAAAAUUUCAAAGCAACUCCCUGGUCGCAUUGGCAAGCAAUGCCGUGAAAGGUGGCAUAAUCAUUUGAACCCGACUAUUAAAAAGACUGUGUGGACUAGAGAAGAGGAACUCAUUCUCGUUCAAUCACAAAGAGAACACGGCAAUAAGUGGGAAGAGAUAGCCAAGCUCUUGCCUGGAAGGACGGAGAAUAAUAUUAAGAACCACUGGAAUUGCUCAGUCAAGAAGAGACUGGAGCAGUUUCCUAGUAACCUCGUCUCUGAUGUCUUAUAUGAUCCUAGACCUCAUGGUUUUGAAUACAACUUUUUUAAUCACAAAACAUUACAAAUGGAGGAAGCUGCAACGAGUACUCAAUGGGAUUCCUUAGAGUUAACUUUAGGACCCAUGAAUUGGAGGAGCACUCCUUCGUCCACAAGCUCUCUUAGAGGAGAUGAUACAAUCUCAUCAUCAUCACUAGAAUCUGAUUGGUCAAGUCCCAAAGAGAGUACUGUAGAAACUCCACAGCACAAUAACGAGAAUGGGUGCAUACAAGAAGUGAAGAAGAUAAAAGAGAGACUGAGAAUGGCUGCGAGUACUUUCAACACACCUUCCAUUAUCUCCAAAAGAAGCUCCCCAACAUCAUCAGGUCUGAAACGGCACAGACAAAAAGACGACACCCAGUUUCAUGUAGAUGCUAGAAGUCACAAGUCAAGUGAGGAAGUACACUCAAAUAUUUCAACUUCUCCUUUCUCCAAGUACAGACUUGCGAAACGUAACACUUGCUCUGGCUCAAAACCCUUGGAGAGGCGUUUAGAUUUCGACUUUAUGUGACCAAGAAAGUGCAAUUUGAUUUUUUUUUAGCUUUGGACCUUUGGUACUUUGGAAUCAUCAAGUUUAAUAACUCAUUAAAACUUUGAUUUAACUUUCUUGAUGUACAAUUGCUAAACAUAAUAAAUAGGUUUUAUGUCUUUUUA